CCUGCAAUGUAUGCUAUAUAUUAUUUUACUUCAUGGCGAAUUCCGAUUCAUAACAAUAUCGAAUUUUUCUCGACAAAUUUUUAGAAGUACCUGGAAAACAUUUUGCGUACGUCCAAUUGUUUAAUAAUUAUAGACGAUUAAUAAUGAAUACGUUCCGGAAAUAACGGUUUUCUUAAAUCGAUUAUACAGUUGAACGAAAACCGCUCGAGAUGAAAUGUCGGAGACGUGCGUAGCGUUCAAAGCUGGCGAUAUAUGCAACGAUCAAUAACAUCUGAUUAAUUUCCAUCAUAUUAAUAAAUGACAGACAGAAUGGCUAGUAGAGAAACGUCGAUUAAUUCAAAGAACUCUGAUGAUCACAGUGUUGAGACAUUAGCAGAAGUCUUCCGAUGUUUCAUUUGUAUGGAAAAAUUGAGAGAUGCUCAUCUCUGUCCGCAUUGUAGCAAAUUAUGCUGCUACACAUGUAUUAGACGAUGGCUCACAGAACAGCGUUCUCAGUGUCCCCACUGUAGAGCUUCCUUGCAUUUACAUGAACUAGUGAACUGCAGAUGGGUGGAAGAAGUAACACAGCAGCUUGACACACUUCAAGCUGUUGGUAUUUCAAAUUCUAGACAUGACGAUUCUAAUAGGGACAGGUGUACUGUACAUCACGAGAAACUAUCUGUCUAUUGCUGGACAUGCCGCAGAUGUAUCUGUCAUCAGUGUGCCCUUUGGGGUGGCACUCACUCAGGGCAUACUUUUAAACCAUUAGAAGAAGUUUAUGAACAACAUGUAACACAAAUCAAAGCUGAAGUAGGUCAGUUGAAAAGACGAUUGAUGGAGCUGAUAAGUCUUGUUCAGGAUGUGGAGCGAAACGUCGAAUCUGUAAGAGCAGCUAAAGAUGAAAGAGUUAGAGAGAUUAGGAAUGCAGUGGAAUUGAUGAUAGCCCGACUUGAUUCUCAAUUGAAAGCCAAGUUGUUGACACUAAUGGGUCAAAAGAAUUCCUUGACAUUGGAAACGGAACAGUUGGAAGCCUUGUUGCAAGAGGUAGAGCACCAGUUGCAUACUUCCACUCGUUCCGAACUUAUAAUCAAAAGCGCAGAUGUUUCGCGUACGAUACAUCAAGUGCGAAAAAAGCCAAUGACGAGUUUUGUAACGGCUCCCGUUCCAGCUGAUUUUCACAGUGAAAUUGUUCCGGGAUACGAUAGUGCUACGUUCGUGAUGCAAAAUUUUACGCAAUUACAAUUAAAGGCAGAUCCAGUGUAUUCUGCACCCUUGCAUGUUAAUGGUUUGUGUUGGAGAUUAAAAGUAUAUCCCGAUGGGAACGGCGUUGUACGCGGAAAUUAUUUGUCAGUCUUCUUAGAAUUAAGUGCUGGUUUACCAGAAACGUCGAAAUACGAAUAUCGAGUUGAAAUGAUUCACCAAGGAUCUCGAGAUACAAGUAAGAACAUAGUUCGUGAAUUCGCUUCCGAUUUUGAGAUCGGUGAAUGCUGGGGUUACAAUAGAUUUUUCAGAUUAGAUUUACUCGCAACCGAGGGGUACUUAAAUACCGAAUUGGACACUCUUAUAUUACGAUUCCAAGUACGUCCACCAACGUUCUAUCAGCGUUGCAGAGAUCAACAAUGGUACAUCAGUCAAUUGCUUACUGUCCAAAAUCAAUACGCCACUCAGAUCAAUGAGCUAAAGGAGAGAUUGGCAAUCGAAAUAUCACGCAAUGCUAUGGCAGCAACCAGGGUACCCAGCGGAGCUACAUUAUGUGGAUCAAUGUCAAACGUGAUGCCUAUGGUAAUGCAAUCCCAAGCUGCCGGUGAUCCAUUACUUAAUACCAAUUCUAUUCGCUCAACUGAAACGUAUCAAAAUGGAACAUCUACAAGAUCGGUACAGAAUGUUUCUGGUUCUGGUGGAAGUAAUGGUGUUUCAUCAGAUCAAUUGAUGCCCAUGUGUGAAUUGGGAGAGCUUUCAAAUAUGCGCCCACUUGGUUCAUCCUCGACGUUAUCUUCCAUUUCGUCGAAAACGAGUUUGAAACAGCAUAGACCGAAUAAUUUAAGCGUCAUCGAAGCUGAGUCGCCUAAUCUGCAUAGCACGAACGAUGGUUCUGCGGGAGAUUGUCCGGCUACGAGUGCUCAUUCACCGUCACCGUCUUACUCUUCGCCGACGGUGCUUAAUCAACAACCGUUGAAUCUUCUUUCUAGUAGCAGCAGUAGCGAUAGCGGUGAAUUGAGUGAACACGAUAUAUAUUUAGAUGAAUGCGAACAUAAUGAACCGCAUUUGACACUGCCGGAUGACAAUUCUAAUGAUGAAAACGACGUGGACGACGAAACGAUGUCAGGAGAAAAUGACGUAGAGGUUGCAGAAUCCUUAACACCUUGGAUUCAGAAUAAACAACGUACAAAGCAACAAAGCAACCGGGAUAGUACAGGAGACAGUUGCAGAUUACGAGGCAAUGAUAGCUUGGAAGAUGAGAUUAUGCUAUUGCAUUUAUUCGAGAUGCAGGAUCGAAAUUCUGCUUGGACAUCUCUCUGUUUUAAUCAGCAUGUAGAUGAUACCUGUGAUUCAAGACCAUCGUUGACAAGUUUACAGCGGCAUAAUUCUAGCCCUUCGCACUAUAACGCAACACUGCCAAGUCACGGCCCGUCCGCAUUUUCACACAAGCAUCACGAACUUGAUCCCUCGUGUAACGAACAGUUCAUUGAUAAACGUUCCACGUGUCCCUCGCAUCUUUGCCUGCCUGAGAUGUCAUGGAACAUUCAUAGAUCGAAAUUGAUUCCCCAGCAGGAAAUUUCUGGACUUAUAGCCUGUGGAAGUCAAACAAGAUCUGAACCGACGACCCGCUCAAAUUCUAUAGACUGUGAAAAAGAUCUUCCAAAGAUAUCUACGGUCAAUAAAGUUAAUCACGAGGUAGAUUCAUCCAGAUCAGAUUUGAUAGUGCCAAAUGUAGUACUGGAUAGUAAUAAAAUUGUAUCGAAACAUUUAUUAUUGCGACGACAAUCGUCACCAUCAUCGUCUACCAAUAUCAGCAUUAUAAAUAACGAGAAUAAGAUAUUCGAAAAUAAUAAGAUAUUUGAGCAAUUAGUGGAAGCUUUUCAAUUAUCCCCGAUGUCACCAAAAGACACUGCCAAUUGUUUUACCAAAUUAAGAAAAAAUGUCCCACCAGAGGGUAAAUCUACUAAUUGCAACACUGCCAAUAUCAAACCUACUACACUAUCAUUGGGACAUGAUGUCCCAUCUUCGUCUACGAGUAGUGCGACGACAGAUACUAUUCCGAGCCCUAAAAAUUAUAGUUGGGCCCCAGCGUUGUAUCAACAUAAGUAUAGUCAGAAGAACUGUACUGGAAUCUUUCCAAGUAAUACUGUAGAAACAUCUUCCAAUGACACUUCCAACAAAUGUACUGCGGAAAAAUCGUUAGAAGAGACUAAUUCGUGAAGUUUACCCUGAACUGCGCUUUUCGUUGAGUGUUACAAACGUUCUGUGAUGUUUUCUAUUUAUCUAAACUUAAAUAUUAUUAGAAAUUAU